AUGUUCUUCACCAAAGUUGUAGGCAGCCUUAGCCUCCUCGCCGGCCUCGCAUCAGCUGCUCCCAACCCCAUCGCUCGCAGGCAAGCAGCAGGUGCUCAAAACGUCGUCUACUGGGGCCAGAACGGCGGCGGAACAAUUGAAAACAAUGAUCUAUCGGCUUACUGUACCCCAACCUCGGGUAUUGAUAUCAUUGUCCUGUCUUUUCUCUACCAGUGGGCAGAGGGAUCCUCAGUCCUGGGUGGUACAAUUGGUCAAUCUUGCGGAAUUAGUAACUCUGGCGAGCCGCAAAACUGCGACGCCCUGACUGCGGCCAUCACAAAAUGUAAGGCUGCGGGAGUCAAGAUGAUACUCUCUCUGGGCGGUGCCAGCGCCUUCUCCAGCUUCCAGACAGCGGACCAGGCAGCAAACGCUGGCCAGUACCUUUGGAAUGCAUAUGGAGGCGGCAGCGGUGUCACUCGUCCUCUCGGUAACAACGUCAUGGACGGCUGGGACUUGGACAUUGAGAGCAACCCUGGCACCAAUGAGAAUUAUGCUGCUUUGGUUAGCGCUCUUCGAUCCAACUUCCCUAGCGAUCCCUCUCGCCAGUACGUUAUCAGCGGAGCUCCUCAGUGCCCGUUGCCAGAGCCCAACAUGGGUGUCAUCAUCCAGAAUGCUCAGUUUGACUACCUCUGGGUCCAGUUCUACAACAACAACGACUACCCAGGUGACCCGUGCUCUCUUGGUCUUCCUGGAGAUGCCCCAUUCAACUUCAACAACUGGACCACUUUCAUCCAGUCCACCCCGUCAAAGAACGCAAAGGUGUUUGUUGGUGUUCCUGCGGCUCCUCUGGCAGCGAACGGCGCCCCGAGCGGCGAGGUUUACUACGCCACUCCCGCUCAGCUGGCUGAAAUUGUUAACGAUGUGAAGAGCAAUCCGGCGUUCGGGGGGGUGAUGAUGUGGAGUGCCGGUUUCUCGGAUUCCAAUGUGAACAACGGCUGCAACUAUGCCCAGGAAGCGAAGAAUAUUCUGCUGACUGGCUCUCCCUGCUCUUCUGGCCCUGUCACUAUCUCGCCACCGCCAGUUACAACCCCUAUCACCAUCUCUUCGCCUCCGACAAGCAGCCAGACUCCUCCCCCCUCGUCAGGAGGAUCAGUUCCUCAGUGGGGACAGUGCGGCGGUAAUGGAUACACCGGACCCACGCAAUGCGUUGCGCCUUUCAAGUGCGUUGCCACCUCGGAAUGGUGGUCGCAAUGCGAAUAA